UUCCUUUACCACCAUAUAAUAUAAUUGCAUCAGGAGAUACAAGGUUUGGACAAGUUGGAUUAGGCACAUCAGAUCUAACAAAAGAAGAUUUGGAAACUCAAGCAUUUGUUUGUUAUUGUGCCUAUCUGAUAAAAACAAGUCAUCUUGUUAAUGAAUUGUUAAAACUUGUCUACGUUAUUAAGCAAUUAGUUGGUGUUAAUAAGUAUGUUAAGGA